GAAGAUGCAGCAUUUAUAAUGGCUAACAGUGAGGAAAGUCAAAAAUCAUCUAAGAUAAAGAACAAUAUAUUUGAAAAUGAAGAGAUGUCAAGGCAUUUGCGCAAGUUACUUCAUAGCAAGGAUCCUUAUGAUCUGCAAACUGCAAACCGAUUAAUCAAGGUUAUGGUGAAAGAGGAUGAGGAAAGACUGCAAUUAAACUCGCGAAGGAAUAUGGAAUUAGAAUCAGUGCACAACAAUGUGAAACUCUUAUCAGAAAUGCUGGAUUCAUACAAUCAGAACGAAACCAGCACAGAGGAUCUUGAAUUGAUGAAGGAGUUACAUCAAGCGUGCGAGCGGUUGAAACCUAUUUUGUUGCGGCUCGCUAGCGAGACUCAGGGUGAUGUUGAAAUGCUUGGUAUGUUACAUGUUUUAUUAUACAUCAAUUAUCACCGAUUUUCAGUU